AUGGCCAUCCCAGAAACUUACAAGACCUACCGCCGUACCACCGGAACCGUACCUCUAACCAUCAACCAAACCACCGAAACCACUCCCAAAAACCUCGGUCCCAAAGAUGUCCUGCUCAAAAUCCACUCCGUCUCCCUCAACUACCGCGACAUCGCCAUGCUCAACGGCGCAUAUCCAGCCCCAAUCCUAGACAACGGCAUCCCGGCCUCUGAUGCCGCCGCCGAAGUCGCCGCAGUCGGGUCGGCCGUGCAAAAGUUCAAGGUCGGAGACCACGUUUCGCCAAUUUUCUUUGUCAACUUCUUUACGGGCGAUGAGUUGGAGCCGCUGCAGGGCCUGGGAGGAGACGUGGAGGGUGUUUUGGGCGAGUAUGCUGUUUUUUCGGAGGAUAUUCUUGUGCGACUGCCGGAGCAUCUGUCUUGGGAUGAGGCAUCUACGAUUGCUUGCGCUGGUGUUACUGCAUGGUCCAGCAUUAACGGGCUGAAGAAGCUGUCACCAGAGAGCAGCUACGUUCUUCUGGAAGGCACUGGAGGUGUCAGCAUGUUUGCCCUCCUCCUCCUCAUCGACGCCGGCAUCAAGACCAUCAUCACGUCAUCCUCCGACGCCAAAAUCGCCCAGCUUCAGAAGUUGAGCCCCCUCAUCACGGGCAUCAACUACAAGACCACGCCCGAUAUCAGCGCAGAGGUCCAGCGCAUCACCAACGGCAGGGGCGCCGCCAUCGUUGUCAACAACAUUGGCCCGGGAUCCAUUGCCUCAAACAUUGACUCCCUUGCGACGGGCGGGUCGAUUAAGGUUGUGGGCUUCCUUGGUGGAUUCACCGGGGAUUGGAACCCCAGCGAGCUUUUGAAGCUCCUCUGGAAGCGUGCCAAUAUCCAGGGCAUUGCUGUAGGCACAAAGUCCGACUUUGAGGCACUAAAUGCUCAUUUGGCUGAGCGAAAGAUCAGUCUUCAGCCACUGAUUGAUCGUGUCUUUGCGCUUGACGAGGCCAAGGACGCGGUUGACCACAUGGCUGCAGGCCGACAUGUGGGAAAGAUUAUCAUCAAGGUGGCAGAGUAG